AUGGAAGCGACCCAAGAAUCUACCCAGCCAUGCACAGACCCCCGCCGCAUGGGCUACAACAACUCUGGUCUCCAUGAGCAGGACGUGUCAGACAUAAUAUGCAUCUUGCAUCCUAGUUCCCCUGCUGCCCACCAUGCGGUGGCCGCCUCGGCCAGUUCUGCGCCCCAGCAUAUCCUUCAGCGGGAUGAGCUAGCGUUCGAGAGUUCAGCAGCUCUGGACAUUGGGCUUAGGUUGUCAUCGAAGGUGCAUGAUUUGAACACUGGCUUUUGUUUCGGACGGAACAGAACUCGCUGCGAUCUUCUCCUUGCCCGUGACCAGAAUUCAAAACGUAUCUCGAAUCAGCAUUUCCGUAUUUACCUCACUGAAGACGGGAUCAUUAUGCUCGAGGACAUAUCUACAAAUGGCACCAUUGUAGACAACUGCCGCCUUCGCAAGAACCAGAGAGAAAAUAGUCGAAUGCUGACCAACGGCUCUGUCAUACAAGUGAUGAACGGCGACCAAACCUCAGAUGAAGUUAGGUUCGUCGUCCGCAUUCCAAGCCGAGAAGGGUUUUCAAUGCAGUAUACGGAGAAUUUGCUACGGUAUUUUGAGCGGAUACAGAAGCACCGAGCAGGAACCACGCAGGUCAAGCCACGUCAAACCUCGGCACAGCCUGUUCUGCAAUGGACGGUUUCCAACACCUACGGAAUGCACUGGACAGGCGGGCCUAAGUACAAUGUCACCGGUCAGAUAGGGAAAGGUGCCUUUGCCACCGUGUAUAAGCUUGCCACAAAACAGCAUGGGGCCGUGUAUGCAGCUAAGGAGCUUGACAAGCGACGUUUCAUGAAAAAUGGCGUCUUGGACCAGAAAGUGGAUAAUGAGAUGAAGAUUAUGAAGGACCUCAAACAUCCUAAUAUUGUUCAAUAUAUGGACCACCACGAGCAUGAGCGAUGGAUCUACAUCAUCAUGGAAUAUGUCCCCGGUGGGGAGUUGUCGACGUACCUGCAAUCCACUGGCAAGAUUCCGGAGGACAUGGUCAAGACGAUUGCCCGCCAGGUCUUGCACGCGCUACAGUAUCUCCAUACGCGGAAGAUCACACAUCGGGAUAUCAAGCCAGAUAAUAUUCUCAUCUCCUCGCUCGAUCCACUAAGAGUUAAGUUGUCGGACUUUGGGUUGUCCAAAGUAGUACAGGAGGAGACCUUCCUCAAGACCUUCUGUGGCACAUUGCUUUACUGCGCCCCUGAAGUUUACCCAGAGUAUGAUUCCUAUCGUCGCGGUGAAGUCAGAAAACGGCGCAGAUUAGGUGAUCCACCACCGAAAACCUCUCCGUACAGUCAAUCCGUUGACAUGUGGUCGCUUGGCGCGGUUCUCUACCAUAUUCUUGCUGGUGUUCCUCCGUAUAUGGGCCGGGGCGAUGACAGAGGGGCCCAGAUGCUACGAACGAUCAUGACGACCGACCCCGAUGUUGAUAUUUUGCGCAACGAAGGCGUGUCAGAAGAGGGUAUCGAUUUUGUUACCCGACUUUUGAACCGCGACCCUCAAGCCCGUCCGACAGAACGAGAAUGCUUUCAGCAUCCAUGGAUUGCUGAGGUUGAGGAUGUGGAUGAGUAUGAUGACGACGAAGUAUAUGCCAAUGUCCGGGGUGAACUUUCAGACAUCGGUGAGGAUGCGGAAGAAGAAUUGGAUGCAUCUCAGCUAUCAAUCCACGACGAACCAGAACCCGAAGAUCCCGCUGAGCAAGAGGAUAGCGACUUGGCACAAUCCAAGCGGCCGAGGAUAGAUUAUCCCCCCACGGACGUUCGUUACCCAUCUCUGCCCCAUAUUGAAAGUUUAAAAGAAGUCCAAGUUGCUGCUGAUACAACACCAAAACGCCUCUUCGGCGAAAUCACCCCAUCUGUGUUAGGAAGCUCGGAUGCGCUGGGUUCUAAAAUGCAUGCGUUUGAAGGAGACAACUUCAGCAUUAAUGACUUCAUUUCUUCAGCCGCUGAACAUGAAUUCGUGGCACCCUGGCACAUCAAACAAUCGUCCGCCAGUCGUCGAGACACCGGCACAGCCAACUGGAGUGAAGGUGGGGGGUUCUGCAGAGAAAAGGGAGGCGAAGACAAAGCAGCGAACCAGCCCUGGUAA